AUGAUUGAUCAAUUAAAUGAUGGACGAACAAUAAAAGCAAAUAUUAAUUUAUGUUCAUGUAAUAAAAGUGAUCCUUUUGAUAAUUAUCAAAAUAAUAAAAGAAGAUUUGAAAAUGAUGAGGAUAAUGGAGAAAUUCUUACAUCAAAAAUAAAACCAUUAUCAAUAGAACAGGUUGAUUUUGUAUUAUUUUUAGAAUUAUUAUUUAGUUAA